AUGUUUAUGGUCAUUUUGAUGGUUAGUUCUGAGUCUCUACCGCAUGAAGUCUUGUCGCAUGACGAACUCGUCGAGAAGGAGAAUUUGAGAAAAGCCUGUGAGAAUAAUAUGUGCCACGCGUUCACCGAGUGUCAACCUGUGAAACAGAAGAACAGGGAAUCCGGAGAUUGGGAGUACGUGCCUAUUUGUAUGAAAGUCCCUUCCUGUGCAACCAAAAAGUGUGAUCACGAAGAGAAGUGCGCGAUGAUAGAAGUCAAAUGUCACUUUACGCCAUGCUUCAAGAUUCCAACAUGUCUUCCGGAUGUGAACGACGCCGCUCAAGAGUAUCAAAUGUCACCGGCUUUCUUGGUUUGA